AUGGACAAAGUAGAACAAGACUUUGCCACUGUGGAAAGCAACGCUUCCGACAAGGCUAGAGAGUGGGGUAACGUCGCCUUUGCCAAAGGAGACUAUGGCAAUGCUCUUGCAGCCUAUACGGAGGCCAUUGAAGCCAACAUUUGGGACCCCAAGGCCUGGGGCAACCGCUCACUGACGUACCUGAGGCUUGAGAGUAAAUAA